CAUGUAGUCAUUUCUGUGAAGUUCUUCUUACUCCUCUAGCUCUGCCCUUUAUGAAGAUUCUCUUCUUGCAGAGGCUUCUCCAGAGUAGCUGGUUGGGCUCUGUGGCUGCCUGCAUACCUUUGAACUGAAGAUGUAAAUUCCAGCUGGAGGAGACAUACCGGUGCUAGUUCUGAUCUCGCUAGUGCACUAAAAAUAGGAGCGGGGCAAUGGCAGGAGGGGCUUUGAGUGAUGCCCCAAUAAGUCUGUAACACACACUCACAUUCUCCCUUUGCCCUAUAUGGAACAGGAGCUCCCUAUACUUAGCCUGCUCCACAAAUUGAACACUGCAUCUGCUACAUUUUACAAGACCUUGAACUGUAGAAUACCAUCAAAUACUCUACUUUUGCUUCCCCUUAAUAAAACUUCCGUGCCACACUCAUCUCCACUGCACUGCUAAUGAUCUUUGGGCUCUUCUAAUGACACAGCCUGUAUAACACAGUGAUGAAAUGAGAUAUAUCUCCCAAAGUUCAUAUGCAUUUUUUUCCUUUGAUCACACAUACAGGCCUCAGAAAGAGGAGCUCACGUACACCCCCAGAGGGCCACAGUCGCCCAGAUCAACUUGUAUCACAAUUAGAGCUCUUCUAAGCUGCUAUAUCUUAUUCCUUCACCACUCAGUACAGCCACACCUCACACAGUGAAUGCAGCUGGAGUGCAUGAAGAUAAUUCUUAAGGACUAUUGCCAGCUCCAGGGGGACAGAAUCAAGGUUUCAUGGGCAUUUACCUUAAUUCUGUAUUUCCUUGUUUUCACAAAUGUGAGUUUUGCUGAACUGGACAUUCUGGAAGGGUGCAUGUUAUCACCAGGCAACUUUAACUCUGUGCUAACAAAGGUUUUGUCAAUUUUUUAAUUUUAAAUUUAAGUCCAGCUAGAAGACUUUGUUUUAAUUUGAGAACCACCCAAAACAGGGAAACAUUUCUAUGGAUUCUGCAUAUGUAGGGUGCGUAGCACAAUGGGUUCUAGUCCAUGAUGAGGUGCUAUGAUAAUAUAAAUAAUAGUAAUAUUAAUUGGUUUUGAUUUUUUUCCCUUAAAGAAAGCCUACAUUCUGGACCUAAUCUCCUUGAUAUUGGCCUCUUUAUUAAGGCAGUACGUGUUCACAGUAGGUAUGGAUAAAUAGCCAAUUAGAAAACACAUUUCAGUUUCAAGCUUCCCGCAGAUGGUUGUACAUAGCAGUGAAGAAUAACAAUACAUGAGAAUUACCAUGACACUGCCCUUUCAAGGAAUGGUGUUCUGAUUGUCUCUGUUGUUGAAAUAAGGAGUGUUUACAAGGGACAUAAUGAUAUAGCAUUUAUGGAAUGCUUUUCAUCUUCAAAGUCUGUCACUGACUUUAAUCUUCCCAGCUCCAUGGCGACUCAGGGCUGGGUUCGUUCUGUCCGGUCCCAGAAAGAGGUUUUGUUCCUGCACAUAAAUGAUGGCAGUUCUUUGGAAAGCCUCCAGGUUGUAGCUGACCCAACCUUGGAACAUAGAGAUCUGACUUUUGGAAGCGCGGUGGAAGUGCAAGGGAAAUUGGUAAAAAGUCUUCAUAGGAUGCAAAAUGUGGAAUUGAAAGCUGAAAAUAUUCGUGUAGUAGGACCCUGUGAUACUCUGAUGUUCCCUUUUAAACCAAGAGAGAGGCAACCUCUGGAAUACAGCCGGCAGUUCCCUCACUUACGAUGCAGGACCAACACACUGAGCUCCCUCCUGAGGGUACGCAGUGAAGCUACUGCAGCGAUCCACUCAUUUUUCAAGGAUAAUGGCUACGUGCACGUUCAUACCCCUAUAAUUACGUCAAAUGACUGCGAAGGUGCGGGGGAGCUCUUUCAUGUCAGGACAUCAAAUAAAGUACAGGAACCUGGGGAAAACUCCCAUUUCUUCAAUGUUCCUGCCUUCCUGACCGUCUCUGGACAGCUCCAUCUGGAAGUGAUGGCUGGUGCAUUUACACAGGUGUUCACCUUCGGCCCAACCUUUCGAGCCGAGAACUCUCAAAGUCGCAGGCACCUGGCAGAGUUCUACAUGGUAGAAGCAGAGCUGUCUUUUACUGAAAGCCUCCAGGACAUCAUUCAGGUUAUGGAGGAUCUUUUCAAGACCGCGACAAGCAUCGUGCUCUCCAAAUGUCCUCAAGAUGUUGAGCUUUUUCAUAAAUAUGUAUCUCCUGCCCAAAAGGGCAGGUUAGAACAGAUGCUGAAGAACAAAUUCAUAACAAUUUCCUAUACUGAAGCAGUGGAAAUUUUAAAGCGAGCUCCUCAGACGUUCACUUUCCAACCAAAGUGGGGCAGCGAUCUCCAAACUGAACAUGAGAAAUACCUGGUGAAGCACUGCGGUGAGGUUCCUGUGUUUAUAGUUAAUUACCCAUAUGAUCUCAAACCUUUCUACAUGCGGGACAAUGAAGAUGGACCUCAACACACAGUGGCAGCCGUUGAUCUUCUGGUACCAGGAAUAGGGGAGUUAUGUGGCGGCAGCCUGAGAGAGGAGCGACCGCAUUUUCUGCAAUCACGCUUAGCGAGAUUAGGACUUGCAGAUGCCUACCAAUGGUAUCUAGAUCUCCGGCAGUUUGGAUCGGCCCCUCAUGGAGGCUUCGGAAUGGGGUUUGAGCGCUACCUGCAGUGCAUCUUGGGAGUUGAUAAUAUCAAAGAUGUUAUUCCUUUCCCGAGGUUUCCUCACUCCUGUCUUUUGUAGCUCCAUGGCUGACUCACAUGGACCUGUCUGCGCUGGAGUGUUUUCAGAAGAUUUUGGUGUUCAUCAUAAUGGUGAUUCUUUCAACCUGUUCAGCACCUGAAUCCUUUACCUUACACCAGACACAGAGCUCUGUAAGAGGUGAUCUAUGCAUACUGUCUUAGAGAACGCGAAUUCGUGGGAAGAAAGAAAUGUUCGGUUAAGUGGAAGUACCUUUAAGCCUCUGAAGCCAACGUGUACUUUUCCAUUUUUAUUGAGAAAUGAUUUCACGUUCAACUGGCCAAGCAGAUUUACCUGUGUUUGUAAAGCCACCCUACAACCAAUACGCGCUCCCAGUCGUCGUACAUCAUGACUCUCGUCACUGCAGGAUCUGAUACAAUUUUUGAUAGAUUUUUCCUCCUAAUGCCCCUAGGUAGGUAGAGAAGAAUUUCUCCCCAUUGUGCAGAUGGGAACUGUGUGUAGAUUAAGUGACUUGUCCAAGGUCACACAGGAAACUUGUGGUUGAGUUGGGACUUAAACCCAGGCUCCCUGAGUUGCAGUCCAGUGGCCCAGUCCACAGCGCCACCCUUCUUACCUUACACAUACUGUCAUAAUCCUGACCUGUGAGCUCUCUGGGGCAGGGUUUUGUGUCUCUCAUUUGUAUAAUGCCUACUACAACGGACCCUAAGCACUGCUGUAGAAUAAAUAAUAUGUACAGAAAAGGACUUAAAAAUAAUUGGGUUAUUUUUAAUGACUACCAUGUAAAUAGCUGUAUGGAGUGUGCAGGAAAUGCAGCAGAGCUGAAAUAAUUUUUCUCCCACGCAGGUGAAAGAGAGUGAAAAACAAUGAUUAGAUAAUGUUACUCUCUCACAGAUGUCACCAGUGUCGUGCAGCAGUUUUACACUAUCAAACCUUGAGUAUCCAAAAACUAUUUCUCCAGGCCAAGGCCAGUGCCCCUCAAUGUAUCACACACAUUGAGAAGUCCCUCUUGUAUCUACAUUCUUUUCAUGUUUGAUUAAACAAGUGUUUAGUGGGCAUUUGUUGGUAUAUAGCUCCCAGUGUACUCCAGGGAAUUAUCCCUUUACAUUUAGGGCCAGAUUCAAAGACUCCCGUUGACAUCAGUGGGCUUUGGGCCAGACCCUAAUUUUGUAAUUGCCCCUUGGUUAGCUGCAAGAUUUGGAAAAACUCCUUCAGUCAGACAGCUCCAUACUUGCAACGUUACUAAGUAGCCUCCAGAAGUAUAUGGUAUCCUUGCCAAAGUUAUCAGUAACUUAAACUCACAAAAUGGCCACACUGCCACAGCUGCAAUCAUAGAGGCAUUUGAACUAGUUCCCCAGCACACAGAUUGUUUGUUAUUGUUUAACAUUUAUUGGGCUGCCAUAAGUGACAAGAAUGAAGUGGGGGAGUUGACAGCUCAAUAAGCAGGCAGAUCUGAAUGACAGGGUAGGGUAAAUGGAAAAGGGCCUUAAAGGCAAAGGUAAAGAGUUUACAGUUGAUGCAGUGGAAGACACAAAGAAGGGGGUGAUGUAGGCAGCCUGACAAGCCGGGAACAAUGAUUCUGGCAGCAGUUUUUGAAUGGGCUUAAGGGGAGCAGUGUGGUUAAUACCAAGGCCAAAGAGGAGGAGAUCACAAUAGCAUAAGAUAUUGAUGGCCUGAGCCAAGAGCGUUGACAGUCUGGACAAACAGAAAAGGUCAAACCUUUGAAAUAUUAUGUAUGUUGAAGCAGCAAAAUUUGGGCAUAUUGUUGAGAGAGCCAGGUCGAAGUUGCUGCCCGUAUUAAGGCUGAAGGCUGGUGAGUGGUGUCCAUGGUGAUGGAGAAACUAGGGAGAGAUGAAGGCUUAAGAUGAAGCGUGAGAUUGAUUGAUAGAUUUUGUGGCCGGAAGGAACCAUUAGAUCAUCUAGUCCGACCUCCUGCAUAACACAGGCCAGUUUAAUCCAAUUACCCCUGUAUCAAGCCCAAUAACUUGUUUGUCUAAAGCAUAUAAUCCAGAAAGGCAUCUGCUCUUCAUUUGAAGACUUCAAGAGAUUGAGAAGCCACCACUUCUCUUGGCAGUUUGUUUCAAUGAUUAAGUGCCCUUAUUGUUAAUUUUUUUUUUUUGCCUUAUUUUUCAUUUGGUUUUGUCUGGCUCCGGUUCUUGUUUUGCCUUUCUUCACUAGAGAACAAGAUCAAAAGCUCAGUUGACCUUGAGGGCAAUCUGUAUCUCUCUGUGAAAGCUGUUGAAGAAGGAGGGACAUUACCAGGAUUGAGGCCCGGGUGGUGGUGCUGUCUGAGGGCAUGUCUACACUUACCUCCGGAGCGAUCGAUCCAGCGGGGGUCGGUUUAUCGCGUCGAGUGACGACGCGAUAAAUCGACCACUGAGCGCGCUCCCAUCAACUCUGGUACUCCACCGGAGUGAGAAGCGUACGCGGAGUCGACGGGGGAGUGUCAGCAGUCGACCUACCCCAGUGAAGACACUGCAGUAAGUAGCUCUAAGUAUGCUGACUUCAGCUACGCUAUUUUCGUAGCUGAAGUUACGUAAUUUAGACUUAGUCUUCCCCCCGCCCCCCCCCCAGGUGUAGAUCAGGCCUGAGGCGAGUAUUGUGACUGGCACUCCUGCAGAUCUGAAAGUUCCUGUGAGAACUGAACUGCACGUUAGGCCUCCUGGUCCCUACUCCCUUGCAACCAGUUUUCCAGGUAUCUAGUGAGUAUGGGAGUCCUUUCCCUUCCGAGGCUGGCAUUGUGAGCAUCAUGCCAUGGGUACGUAAUGCUAGCAGGUAUUGCCAAGGAUGAGUUGAUUUUCCCUGGGAUUUCCAUUUGGUAUGUUAUGCAUUUCCCUCAAAUUUUAUCCUAGAAUAAAAGGAAGUUAAUUUAGAGGUUUGGGAAGGUCGUUCCUGUUGGAUGUAUAGUCAGUGAAGCAUGCCAAGAAUCUUGCUGGGUCUUCAUUUAGAAUCUGUCUUCAUUUACUGGUUGCAGCAAAAUAAAGACUUUCACUUUUCGAAGUAAGAUCCUCUUGAUUAUUUACACUUAGCAAUCCGUUCUUAAUGUAAACAUGCACUAAGGCAAGUGAAACUGGGGGCUUUUGAAUGCAGUAAAGAGAUUGGCUCUCGUGUCUGGGUCUCCAGCCCAGGCACAGCAUGCAACCACAAAUCACAAAGCCAGUCAGCGAGCCAUCACUGCCACAUCUCAGGUUUCUCAGCAAUCCAGCAGCCUGAGAUUAGACUUGAUACAUUUAAUAAACUUUGCUAGUUGUCCACAAAAACUGUGUGCAUAGAAACUGGCACAGAAUUGUGGGAGAGGAAUUUUGAAACACUGCAAAUAACAAUAAUAAUAAAAAUGCUGUUGAUUCUGAACACUGAUGUGCUGAAACUCUUGCAGCCAAGAGCUUCUCCAUAGGAAUAUUGAACAUCAGGAGAUUCCAAGAAGGCUACAAACCUGAGGAUACUGUGUUUCUUCCAAACUAUCUAGAGAAGAGAGACUUUUAGAUUCAGUUUUAACUUUUAAAAAAUAAAAUACUUUAGCUUCCUCACCUCUAAAUAUUACAGGGGCCCAGUAAUCAGCCUGGGAGCUGGGGCCCAUCUAUCAUAAAGAUUAACUUCCUCCAUUUAUUAUUAUUUAGUAUUUGUAUAAUGGUAGGGCCUGGCCGCUUCAGUCAUGGACCAGGAUCCCAUUGUGCUAGGUACUGUACAAGCACAGGACAAAAAAGACAGCCAUGGCCCCCAAAUAUUGACAAUCUCCCCAUGCAAAACUGCCACAGUUACCAAUGGCAGAAACACCUGCACUAGAGUCCCACUAGCAUAUAGGGCAGCUGGCAGAGGACACGGGUUUGGAACCUACUCCCCUCCUUGGCCCAUAAUAGCUGAUAGUUGAUAGGCCAUUGGGGCCCAUUGGUUUUCCCCAGGAGUGAGGGGCUAGCAAAGCUCUGAUCAGAGAUCUUAAAUAUGGGUUUGGCUGUGGGCUAGUAUUAGGUGUUGUAGAAGGGGGAGAGGAGUUACAGAAGUGAUUUGUUCCAUGGGGGUUUGAGAAUUGUCAAGAGCAAAGGACAGACAGACACUCCCUUUUAAUGGAUGGUUGUGAGGUUUGAAUAAAUAAUAAACGAGGUUUCUGUGCCAUUAAAACCCAAUAACAUUGGUUAUGGCUGUGGUCUUUGCCUCCCCCGUAGACCAAAAGAGAAUUACAGUAGAACCUCAGAGUUACAAACACCUUGGGAAUGGAGGUUGUUCCUAACAUUGAAAUGUUUGUAACUAUGAAUAAAAUGGUAUGGUUGUUCUAUCAAAAAUUUACAACUGAACCUUGGGUUAACUCAGUUUAGAAACUUUACUAUGCAGAAUUAAAAUGCUUAUUUUAACCAUCUUAAUUUAAAUGCAGCAAGCACACAGACAUAGUUUCCUUACCUUGUCAAAUCUUCUUUUAAACUUUCCCUUUAUUUUUAUAGUCGUUUACAUUUAACACAGUACUGUAUUUGCUUUCUUUUUCUUCUUCUUUUCUUUUUGUCUCGGCUGCUGCCUGAUUGCGUACUUCCAAUUCCAAAUGAUGUGUGUGGUUGACUGGUCACUUCCUAACUCUGAGGUUCUACAGUACAAAAUUGGACUGGAGGGGAAAGGGGAGAUAUUUUAUAUAAAGACUGGCAGUCAUAAUUUCCUAGCUCUUCCCAAAGCUGUGGAGGCCACAAGAGAUCAUUACUUCUCAAGGCUGAGCUUAUUGUUUUAUUUCAUCGUUCCUUGCAAAGCUGCACCUUUCAAAGGAUCAUAAAGUUUGAUUGUAUGAUCCAGAUGGGAGAAAGGUGUGUUGAAUUUCACUGAAGAGUUCUGUACCAGUUGUUUCAGAAGCAGGCCAGACAUGGGUCUGAGCAGGAGUUCAGAUACUGUUUAGUGGUUUCUACUCAAAAGUAUUAUUAUAGUUAUUUGUAUUACAGUCGUGCCUAAAUUGUGACAUUGCACUCCAUAUGUUUUAUGGAAAUAUGCUUAUGAGUGUGAAUAUGAUGUAACUGGAAUAUGUUUUAUGCAAAAGGUCUCUUGUAAGGUAUCAUUACAAAGGCUAUAACCUACUGAAUAUAUUUCUCCUAUUUGUAUGCAUGUAUCAUUCUUGUAUCUGAAGCUAGAAAUAUGAAAUAUAACUCUGAGGUCCUUUUGUAAUUAAUGCAACAUGUGGGCCAUUAAUGGUGGUUUAGAAUCUUGAUGGCUCCCAUUGACUAGGACAAUUGGUUGUAGAUGGUUUAUUUACCUGCAAACCUUCCUGGGUUCGUGUGGAAUGGAGGCUGGAGUCUCACAGGACAUGUGAACAUGUCACCUGAUACUGGAAUCCAUCUGAAACCUGGUGCUUUUCCUUUUAGAAGGAGUGGUGGGGACCCAGAGAGACAAAAGAUUCCUGCCUUGUGCCAAAGCUAUAAAAGGGGGUGGAAUAGAACAAAGGGGGUGCAAAUUAUGAGAAUGCCCCUGCUUUCCACAUAAGAACUAACAAGGACUGUAUCAGGGGAAAGGAUUGGGCUCAGACUAGGAAGGCGUCUAGUCGUUGAAAGAAGCUUAUUGGAACAUCUCUGAGGGUGAGAUUUUACCAUUCAGUUUCUGAAUGUAUUAGGCUUAGACGUGCGAGUUUUUGCUUUAUUUUGCUUGGUGACUUACUUUGUUCUGUUUGUUAUUACUUGAAACCACUUAAAUCCUACUUUUAUACUUCAUAAAAUCACUUUUGUUUGUUAAUUAACCCAGAGUAAGUGAUUAAUACCUGGGGGAGCAAACAGCUGUGCAUAUCUCUCUAUCAGUGUUAUAGAGGGCGAACAAUUUAUGAGUUUACCCUGUAUAAGCUUUAUACAGAGUAAAACAGAUUUAUUUGGGGUUUGGAUCCCAUUGGGAGCUAGGUAUCUGGGUGCUGGAGAUAGGUGACCUGCUGAGCAGUUUUUGGUUAAAGUCUGCAGCUUUCGGGGUGUGGACCACACCUGGGUCUGUGUUGCAGCAGGCUAGUGUGUCUGGCUCAACAAGGCAGGGUUCUGGAGUCCCAAACUGGCAGGGAAAACAGGCUCAGAGGUAAUCUCAGCAUGUCAGAUGACAGUCCCAAGGAGGUCUCUGUGAGCGAACCCGUCACAGCAGGCUAGACAUGGGUCUGAGCAGGAGUUCAGAUACUGUUUGUGGUUGCUACUCAAAGUAUUAUUUGUAUUACCGUUGUGUCUAGAUGUCCUAUCAGCAAUUAGGGCUCCAUAGUGCUAGAUGUUGUACUAGCACGUAGUAAGGAGACAGCCCUUGCGCACAUAGAGCUUGCAGUCGAACUAGACAAGGCAGACAAAGAGUAGGAGAAGGGCAAGAUUAGGUGUCUUUCAGAAAAACAUCCUCUAACUCCACCAGAAGUUAUGGACUUGAGGCAGAAAUUGCUGGGUCUGUGCUAUGCGGGAGGUCAGAUUAGAUGAGCAUAAUGGUCCCUUCAGACUUUAAAAUCUUCAAGUAUUACUGUCCCCAUUAUAUAGUUGGAGAACUGAGACACAUAGAGACUAAGCACCUUGCCCAAGGAGGAAAUGUGUGGCGUAGCCAGGAAUUGAGCCAAAACCAGUUGAUUACAAGCCCUGUGUCUUGUCCACAAGAUCAUCCCUCUCCAUUUACCUUUGGUUUGAUUAUGCCACUAGGAGCAAUGCUGAACGUUUGUAACUGAUCUGGUUUAAAAUGUGUUUUGUCCUAUUAUAAUUUCUUGGUCUACGUUUUAAUUAUUUGUCUUCAGGACUCUUCUGGUUUCAAUAAGAAUGUGGCAAUACGUUUAAUAAUUUUUUAUUAAUCUUACAAUGAAAUAUUGUUUAGAAUAAUUGCUGCAAAGAAAAUAAAAAGUAAACUUUCAUUUA